AUGUCUCCAUCGGCAACCGCGGAUACAACGUCAACCACUGAGAACGUGGAAGCGAACAUCUUCACCCCUUCAGAAAAAGCUGUUGGUUCACUCGGCAGCACUGAGCAGAGGGGAGAGCAACAGCUUGGAAUCAAUCAUAGACAGCCCCUCAAGCCCAGCGGUGCACUCGACCAUUUCGAGAGUUUUGAUGUCACCCCUGUCAUUGGACGCGAAUUCGUUAAUGUUGACGUGGCAGAAUGGCUUCGUGCGCCAAACUCGGAUGAGCUCAUCCGUGAACUCGCGAUUACAAUCUCCCGAAGGGGUGUCGUCUUCUUUCGCAAACAGGAUAACAUCACCAAUGACCUCCAGAAAGAGCUCGUUCAACGUCUGGGACAGCUGACUGGCAAGCCUGAGAGUUCAGGUCUUCAUAUCCACCCUGCGUUCAACCCUGGCCAAGAACACGGCGGGAGCGACAACGAGAUCAGUGUUAUCUCGUCUGAACAGGCAAAGAAGAUGUACUCCAAGGCCCUCCAGAAAUCACAAAGCCAGCGAAUGCAGUGGCACUCUGACAUAACAUUUGAACCAGUCCCUAGUGACUACACACUUCUUCGUUUGACCCAGCUUCCAAAGUUUGGAGGAGAUACCUUGUGGGCCUCAGGAUACGAAGUCUAUGAAAGAAUCUCGAAGCCUCUACGCGAGUUCCUAGAAACUCUCACAGCCUAUUAUGCGCAGCCGGCUUUUGGUGAGGCUGCCACCAAAAACAACUUCACCAUAUACCCUGGUCCAAGAGGGUCGCCCCUGAAUGUCGGGGAUACCCUGGAGGCCAACCACCCGGUGGUCCGUACGAAUCCGAUAACGGGCUGGAAGAGUGUCUUUGCCGUCGGUAUCCACGCGCAGAAAAUUAAUGGGUUAAGCGAGGAAGAGUCCCGCCAUUUCCUUCAGUGGUUCGUGCAAUUAAUUGUUGAGAAUCACGACCUCCAAGUGCGAAAUCGAUGGCAGAAUGUGAACGACUUAGCCAUCUGGGAUAACAGGAGUGUCUACCACGCGGCAACUCCUGACUAUAUUGGAGAAGGUCUAGGCGAGAGAACGGGAUCAAGAGCUGUCAGUAUUGGGGAGCAACCUUACUUUGACCCGGCGAGUGUCAGCCGGCGAGAAGGUCUGUCGCAGGAGCAGGUAUAG